UGACAAUGACGAGAUAUGGGUGGCGAUCAGUAUUCAUUGUUUUCGGAAGCCUGCUGCCGAUGAUCUUCUACAGUAAUCUUAGUAAGGGGAAAAUCAAUCAUCUCUCGAGGCUCCCUUUCGUAUUCCUAUACCUUGAACAGACAUCUGGGGCCAUCAACGUGGUCGCUCUGAUCGCCUAG